GAGAACUUUGUUCCUUCUCUCUAUAUGUAUAUGUAGAACAUAGCUCAUAUCAACACUUUCUAUGUUCUUCUAUCUUGAUUGUUUCUCCUCAUUGCUACAAAAAUGCCAACCAAAAUGAUGACAUGUUGCAAAGAAAAGGCUGUUUUGGUGGCUGUUUACGAGGAGAAACCGAGAAAAAGAAGAUUAAAAACAAGCAAGAACAAGGACACUAAACAAGAACAUCAUCAUCACCAUCACCACCACCACCAUCUCCAUAUCCACCAGUCAAAGAACAGUGUAGGAAACAACAGAAAAGCCGAGCUUCUUAGCUACUCUCAACAUCUACGAGAGUCUUCAAAAUCUAGAUCAUCCACCUCCCCCCACCAUCAUAAACCGCUAGUAGAUUCUACCACUGACAGCAAACAAACUAUGGCUCCGGUACUUCCUGUACAAAAUAAGCAAAAGCAAAAGAGGAAACCGAGUUGUGUGGGUUUGGACAACCUACUCAAGUGUUUCGCCAUAUCACAUGCUAAGAGAAGGGUAAAGAAUAAUAAGAAGAAAAGUAAUAAAUCUUCGACAAAGAAGGCGAAUGAAAUAAUGAAAGCUUUUAGUAAAAGGACUGAGAAAGGAGGAAGUCGAUUUCUCUCGAAAGUGAUGGCAACCAUACAAAAAUAUAGGUGAAACUAUCAAUUUUACAAUCUUAAUGAUCACUUCCUUGAUCAGUACGGAUCGGAUUUCGUUAUUAUUAGUUGUGAUAAUUAGUAACC